AUGAAUGAAUACACAAGAAUAUUUUUCAGUCAUGAUUUUCUUUCCUUCUUCUUUUGUGUAUCGUUACUAAUAGAGGUUCAAGGCAUUACUCUUGAGCCUAAGGGUAAUGGUAACAGUCAAGGGAUGAAGUUGAUAUCCUAUAAAGACAAGAUGUUGCAAAUCAAUGGUAGUGGAGGUGUCUCGAAGGAUGAAGGAGUAGAUGUUUGGAUAGAAUGCCAAACUAGAGAAGAAGAUGAGGAGAUCAAUUUGGACGGGGAAGUGACGGCUCUAGAUGGAGAUCCUCUAUGUCCCACAUAUGUUUACUCCAAGAGCCAACAUAAAGAGGACUAUAAACAAUGGAAGAACGCCCUCAUUAUCAAGCUUAUUAGGAAGAGAAUCAGUGCUAGAUUCUUAGCUGCUAGACUCCAACGUUUAUGGAGUCUGGUGGGAACUUAUGACCUAAUAGACCUUGAUAAUUGUCAUCUGCUUUUCAGGUUCCAUAAUGAUGAGGACUAUGCCCAUGUGCUUCAUGAAGAUCCAUGGAUAGUGCUAGAUCAUUAUGUUAUUAUUCAAAGAUGGCACCCUCUCUUUGAUCCUUACGAAGAUGAGGUUUGUAAACUUGCAGUGUGGCUACGAAUACCAGGGCUUCCCCUGGAAUUCUAUUCCUCAAGUCACCUGAAGAGAAUCGGCAGUAUAUUUGGGAAAACUUUGAAGGUUGACAAAAACUCGUUGAGGAAUAUAGAUGGUGAAUCAGGGGAGGUGACUGUUAGAGUGAAAUAUGCACGCAUCUGUGUAGAAGUUGACUUGAGGAAAAGUUUCCUCUCUAAAUUUAAGAUUGGGGACAGAACAUUCAAUGUGGGCUAUGAGGAACUGCAUUUGAUUUGCUUCUCAUGUGUAAGGUGUGGUCAUAAGAAGGAGCAUUGCAGUAACCAGGUGAUGUCUUUGUCUACUGAGGAGCAACACGAUCCACCACAAGAGCCCAGGGAAGGGAGUAACAAGGAAGAAGUAACCAAGGAUAGCUUAGAAGCAUUUGGGUCUUGGAGGGUUGUUCAAAAAAUGGGGAAGGGUCGUCGGAGAAGAGUUGUUCCGGUGAUAGAGACGAAGACGGUGGCCAAAGGUUCGAUGGUUUCAAGUCAACCCUCUGAAUAG